GCCCGGUCCGGUAAUGUUAGUCCUCCGGGCGUCGUUCAUCAUGGCUAUACCUGCUGGAAGGUCUGUGGUCUUCGUGACUGGAAACGCAAAGAAACUCGAAGAAGUCAUUCAGAUCCUGGGAGACAAAUUUCCAUACAAACUAGUGUCAAAAAAGAUUGACUUGCCUGAGUACCAGGGGGAGCCAGAUGAGAUUUCGAUACAGAAGUGCAAGGAAGCUGCACGGCAGAUUGAUGGGCCAGUCAUCGUAGAAGACACCUGUCUUUGUUUCAGGGCUUUGGGGGGGCUACCUGGUCCUUACAUUAAAUGGUUUCUGGAUAAACUCAAGCCUGAAGGUUUGUACAAACUCCUAGCUGGGUUUGAAGAUAAAUCAGCAUGGGCCCUGUGCACAUUUGCUUUCUCUGCUGGUAAAGAUGAACCUGUAGAGCUCUUCAGAGGGAAAACAGAAGGGAGAAUUGUGGAACCAAGGGGGCCUCGAGACUUUGGAUGGGAUCCUUGUUUCCAGCCAGACGGAUAUGAUAAAACAUAUGCCGAACUGCCCAAAGAAGUGAAGAACACAAUCUCUCACCGCUACCGAGCUCUUGCUGCCAUGUCCGAGCACUUCUCUCAAACCAACAGUGUCUCACCACAGAGCAAGAAGAAGAAGCAGGAAGAUUAAAGAUUACCGAAUCUGCUACAAAAUGUUCUCAACUCUGUAUUACUUAUACGGUUUUAUUGAUGAAGUAGAAAACAGAUUUAUGAUCACAACCUGUACUUGAAGAAUCUCUAGUUUAAAGAAAAGGUGGCGCAUAAUAUCUGUGUUUAUUUUUUAAUAAAAGUUUGGUUCAUUUUUGAAAAAAAA